CAUUAAUAAAAAAGAAGAAGAAGAAGAAGAAGACUUAUAUUUAGGUACCGUAUUACAAAAAAUUGAUUAAUUAAAAUUGUGAAAUAACUAUUAAAGCUAGUGUGAUAAUUAUCGGAAGCUAUUGACGAGUUCUGAGUACCUUUUAUCCCACUAUGGCCGACGAAAUUGACGAAUACUUUGACUUUGCUUUAGAUCUAGUUAAAUCAGCCGGAAACCUUAUAAAAGAAUACGUAAAUGGGAUAAAAGACUUCAAAGUGAAGUCUUGCGACAUCGACUUGGUGACGGAGGUCGAUCAGAAGGUCGAAGCUGCUUUGAUCGAGGGGCUCUCGAAGAAGUUUCCAUCUCAUAAGUUUAUAGGAGAGGAGUCCGUGGCGGACGGCGCUAAGGCCGGUUUAACCGACGAGCCGACCUGGAUCAUCGAUCCGGUCGACGGAACCCUGAACUUCGUGCACGGAUACCCCAACAGCUGCAUCUCUCUCGGUCUCACCAUAAACAAGGAGUCCGUCGUUGGCAUAAUCUACAAUCCAAUAUUAGACCAGUUGUUCACGGCUAAGAAGGGCAAGGGAGCCUUCUGUAACGGCAGGCAGAUCCAUGUGUCGCAGGUCAAGGAGAUGAGCAAAGCCAUCGUGUCAUUUGAAGCGGGAACCAGCAGGGAUGAGGAGAGACAGGUGGCAUGUCUCAACAACUUCAAGUUUCUCAUAACAAAGUCACAAGGAGUCAGAACAUUGGGUUCCGCUGCAUUGAACAUGGCGAUGGUCGCUCUCGGGGGAUCAGAUGCAUACUUUGAAUUUGGUAUUCAUGCUUGGGAUAUUGCCGCAGGAGAUAUACUUGUGAGGGAGGCCGGUGGGGUGUGCAUAGACCCCUCUGGGGGUGAAUUUGAUAUCCUAUCUCGGAGAGUGCUGUGCGCCAGCUCAAUCGAGCUAGCUCAGGAGCUAGCUAAAGGAUUGCAUCAGCUGUAUCCAGAAAGAGAUUAAAACUAAUUCUACAGAUGAGAAUU